UAAAUAAUGAAAUGUCUGCUUUCUGCGGUUUGAUAAGCCAAUGAAGACCUUUUAUACCAACUGACUUAGAAAGCGAAUUGUUCGAAACGUCCAGUAGCAGUUUGAAUGUUACACGUUUCAGUUGACAAUUUCAAAAAUUUCGUGAAGCCAAAUUAUUUUUUAAGUGAAAAAUAUUUCCUUUUAAAAAAACCAAACCGAAUAUUUUAUUUGUUAGCUUUUUUGUGGUUACUACCUUAGUGUAAAGUGGAGUAUAAUGGCGGAAUUGCCACAGCAGUUAACGCAUUUAUUCAGGUACAUUGAAAUACACAAAGAGAUUUACAUUGAAAACUUGAGAGCAGCAUGUGAAAUUAAGUCUGUAUCAGCUACUCCGGAAUUGAGAGAAGAAAUUGACAAAAUGGUAAACUGGAUGGCAUUGAAAUUACGGGAAAGAGGAGCAUUUGUAGAGUUAGCUGACAUUGGUUUUGAAACGCUACCAAGUGGUGAAAAAAUCCCCCUCCCAAAAGUGAUCCUAGCAACGCUCGGAAAUAACAAAGCCUGCAAGACUUUACUAGUCUAUGGUCAUUUGGAUGUUCAACCUGCGACUAAGGAGGACGGUUGGGAUACCGAGCCAUUCACUUUAACUGAACGAGAUGGCAAACUCUACGCUCGUGGAGCUAGUGAUGAUAAAGGACCCGUUUUAUGUUGGCUUCAUGCUAUUCAGGCCUACCAAGAUCUUGGAUUCCAAUUGCCUGUGAAUAUAAAGUUUGUAUUUGAAGGAAUGGAAGAAAGUGGUAGCAAGGGAUUACCGGAACUAUUGAUGAAGAGAAAAGAUGACUUUUUGAACGAUGUGGACUAUGUUUGCAUUUCCGAUAAUUACUGGUUAGGCACAAAAAAGCCUUGCAUAACAUACGGACUUCGAGGGAUUUCCUAUUACUACAUAGAAGUCGAAUGUGCAACGAAGGACUUACAUAGUGGAAUCUACGGAGGCACUAUACAUGAAGCGAUGGCCGAUUUAAUCUACCUUCUUAACAGUCUUACAGACGACAACGGGCGUAUUUUAAUUACUGGAAUUUUAGAUGACGUUGCACCCGUUGAACCCGGCGAGGAAGAUAUGUAUAAAAAUAUUGAUUUUGAGAUUCCCGAAUUUAAGAGCAACAUCGGAGCAAACAAGUUACGUCACAAUGAAGAUAAAGCACAAAUUUUAAUGCAUCGUUGGCGGUACCCAUCCCUUUCCAUCCACGGAAUUGAAGGUGCAUUCUACGAACAAGGUCAAAAGACGGUUAUACCAAAGAAAGUUAUUGGAAAGUUUUCCAUUCGUACUGUUCCAAAUCAAGCUCCUGAAAAAGUCGACAAGCUAGUGGUUGACUAUACCAAUGAAAAGUGGGCUGAAAGGAAAUCUCCUAAUACAAUGAAGGUAUAUCAAGUAAAUGGAGGAAAACCAUGGACAGCAGACCCGAAUCAUGAAAACUACCAAGCAGCCAAGAAGGCUGUGAAGCAUGUUUUCAACGUUGAACCUGAUAUGACUCGAGAGGGUGGAUCGAUUCCUGUCACUCUUACCUUACAAGAGGCCACUGGAAAAAAUGUUAUCCUACUACCAAUCGGUGCAGCUGACGAUGGAGCUCACUCGCAAAAUGAAAAACUUGAUAUACGAAACUAUGUUGAAGGGACUAAACUACUUGCAGCCUACAUGCACGAAAUUGCAAAUCUACCUUGUGGUUGCCACAAGAAGCCGGAAAGUAAGAAAUAGAUAUUGCUGGAAAAUAUUGUGCUGAAUAAAAUAUCUUUUAAAGAAUGAA